GAGAGGGGAGUGCAGGAGACGGUCAGGAGACGGUCAGGAGACGGUCAGGAGACAGUCAGGAGACGGGCAGGAGACGGGCAGGAGACGGGCAGGGAACUUGGGUAACUCCUGCGCUGUGCACCUGGUGCUGGCCUGUGAUCUCCGCUCCGGACACCACUGUGCAGCUGUGGAGGAUGCCAUGUGUGCGGGGCUGAGCCUGCUUAGAGACUGCACGGAGAGACUGCUGGAGAUGUUCUGGACAGUGACAACACUCUGCACUACCUGACGACUCCGGGGAUCUCAUAGAGUGUACAGGAGGGAGUGAGAGGACAGCCCAGCCCCUCCUCACUCACUGUCACAUCAGGCACUAACUUUCUGCUAUAGACAGUCCAGAGGUGUCUACCUACCUGCAAGCGCUAAAUGCGAGGCCCAGCAGCGCCCCACACCCCGGCACUCCACUAGUGUCUGUAGGACCCCCAGGUACAAGUGUUCUGUGGGAUCUGCCCACUAUGGUGACACCUUGAGGAACCAGUCCUAACAACUCACUGACACUUGGGAAGAGUCACCCAGGACUUGCUGUGGACUACUAAGACUGCUGGAGAUGUCUAAGCCGGUGGAUCAUGUGAAGAGACCCAUGAAUGCUUUCAUGGUGUGGUCCAGAGCCCAAAGGAGGAAAAUGGCCCAGGAGAACCCCAAAAUGCACAACUCCGAAAUCAGCAAGAGGCUGGGGGCCGAGUGGAAGCUGCUGACCGAGUCUGAGAAGAGACCCUUCAUAGAUGAGGCCAAGAGACUGCGAGCCAUGCACAUGAAGGAGCACCCCGACUACAAGUACCGGCCCCGCAGGAAGCCCAAGACCCUCCUGAAGAAGGACAAGUUUGCUUUCCCUAUGCCGUACAGCCUGGCGGGGGACCAUGAAGGACUGAAGGCGGCCGGCUUACACAGUGCCAGGGCACUUACUGACUCUCUGCUCUCCAAUCCAGAGAAGGCAGCGGCAGCGGCGGCGGCGGCAGCAGCGCGGGUCUUCUUCCCACCGUCAGCGGCGGCGGCGGCGGCUGCCGCCGCUGGCAGCGCCUCCAGUCCCUACUCCCUGUUUGACCUGAGCUCAAAGAUGGCAGAGAUCACAUCGAGCUCUUCCUCUCUCUCCUAUGCUUCGUCUCUCGGAUACCCACCGUCCAGUGGAGGGGGCUUCCCAGGGAUGGCAGCUGCUGCAGCCGCAGCGGCAGCUGCCAGUGGAGGUCACACUCACACUCACCCCUCUCCUGGAAACCCCGGCUAUAUGAUCCCCUGCAACUGCACAGGAUGGCCCAGUCCAGGACUGCAACCCCCCUUAGCCUACAUUCUAUUCCCGGGCAUGGGGAAAACUCAAUUGGACCCUUACCCUGCCACAGCCUAUGCAGCAGCCUUAUGACAGCAUGGCAGCCCUUGGCAGGGCACCGUCACCUCAGCACCCUGGUGGAACUCCAUGUGGGACAUGUGAACUCGGUCCUAGGAAGUCCUUUGUGCGGAGUUUCUAGCUGUCAUGCACCAUUAUUGGGUAGUUGUCUUUUUAUGCUGUGAAUAUCUGGAAAUUUGUGAGCAUUUGUUGUGAUGCCACGACUGUCAGUGCACAGAUCAUAUGUGUUAUCCUACUGCAAACACCAUGGUCCUUCAGUGUGGAGGUGCUUGUAGUCCUCAAAGUCCUAGCAAGUCCCUCUACUACUGAACUGAUGGGGGUAAGGUCACCCAACCAGCAGAGAACAUUUCAGAAGUCCCUUUUCUGCACUUGUAAACUGGAUACCAGGCAAUGGACUCGCAUGCACUUGCUGGACACUCAAGGAAGCUUUGAUUGAUGGAGCUGGGAGCUGGUAAAUGUGUUGCCCCUGCAUAAAAAUAACCUUCCCCAUCCCUUGGUGCACAGAGUUAUCCAUAUGUCUAGAUAGGAGUAGUGGAGAACUAUCUACAAGCUGGUACUGACCUGUCCAGAACAUUCAGGAAAUGUAGGUUCUUGGCUGGUAACUCCUCAGCACAUUGGCAGACAAAGCAGGGUCUUCAAGAUGAUUGUAAAUGUGUAUAUUGAAGAUGAUAGGUCUAAAGGAAAACUUGCUGCUCACUAAGAAUCCCAAGUCUAGAAUGAAAAGAAAAAAAACUAUAAGAUGUGACUCUUAAAUUCGUUUCUCUAUAUUGCAGACAUUUGGUCUGAGAAUUGUAUAUUUAUUGUUUAGAAGAGUAUAAACUGUUUGCCAAGAAUUUUCCGCCCAAACUUGUCAUUUCCAGGCUCAUCUCCGAUUUCUGUUUGUGACCCAGAAGGUCCAUUUCUGUAGCAGCUACUAUAACCCAUCGAGUCCCAUCCAGUCCCUUAUUCGGUUUCUUUUUUUGUAAUGUGUACAUUUGACUAAUAUUUGUGAAUGGAGCUGGCUAACAUGUACUUUUUAGUUUUUAUUUUGGCUUUCUGUAAUACAAAGUAAAGAAGAAAUGGUUUUAACAAUU